GGCGGCAGCGGCUGCGUCCCCGGAGCGGCGCGGACCAUGCUGCUGGACGCCGGCCCGCAGUUCCCGGCCCUCGGAGUGGGCACCUUCGCCCGGCACCACCACUCGGCCGCGGCGGAGAUGCAGGACCGGGAGCUGAGCCUGGCGGCGCAGAACAGCUUCGUGGACUCGGCGGCGGCGCACAUGGGCGCCUUCAAGCUCAACGCCGGCGCCCACGACCUCUCCCCCGGGCAGAGCUCGGCGUUCACCUCGCAGGCGCCCGGUUACCCUGCCGCCGCCCUGGGCCCCCACGCCGCUCAUGUCGGCUCCUACUCCGGGGCGCCCUUCAACUCAACCCGGGACUUCUUGUUUCGCAGCCGGGGCUUCGGGGACUCGUCGCCGGCCGGCGGACAGCACGGCAUCUUCGGCCCUGCGGCCGGCAGCCUGCACCACCCGCACACGGACGCUCAGAGCCACCUCCUCUUCCCGGGCAUCCACGACCAGCAUGGCCCCCACGCCUCCCAAAAUGUUCUCAAUGGGCAGAUGCGACUGGGCUUGCCAGGGGAGGUAUUCGCCCGGUCGGAUCAGUACCGCCAGGUUUCCAGCCCCAGGACUGACCCUUACUCGGCGGCUCAGCUGCACAACCAGUACGGCCCCAUGAAUAUGAAUAUGGGCAUGAACAUGGCAGCCCACCACCACCACCACCCAGGUGCCUUUUUCCGCUACAUGCGGCAGCAGUGCAUCAAGCAAGAGCUCAUCUGCAAAUGGAUCGAUCCCGAACAGCUGAACAACCCCAAAAAAAGUUGCAAUAAAACUUUCAGCACCAUGCACGAGUUGGUCACCCAUGUCUCGGUGGAGCACGUUGGGGGACCCGAGCAGAGCAACCAUGUCUGCUACUGGGAGGAGUGUCCCCGCGAAGGCAAACCUUUCAAAGCGAAAUACAAACUGGUCAAUCAUAUCCGAGUGCACACGGGAGAGAAACCCUUCCCCUGCCCCUUCCCUGGCUGCGGAAAAGUUUUCGCCAGAUCAGAAAAUCUCAAAAUUCACAAAAGGACGCACACAGGGGAGAAGCCCUUCCAGUGCGAGUUCGAAGGCUGCGACCGGCGCUUCGCCAACAGCAGCGACCGCAAGAAGCACAUGCACGUCCACACCUCGGAUAAGCCCUACCUGUGCAAGAUGUGCGACAAGUCCUACACCCACCCCAGCUCCCUGCGGAAACACAUGAAGGUGCACGAGUCGUCCCCGCAAGGCUCCGAAUCCUCCCCGGCCGCCAGCUCCGGCUACGAGUCCUCCACCCCCCCGGGGCUGGUGUCCCCUAGCGCCGAGUCGCAGAGCACCAACAACCUCUCCCCUGCGGCGGCGGCGGCGGCGGCGGCAGCGCCCAGAGAGCGGUUUGGGUUGUCAGAUGUGUUCGGGGGGACGGAGAGCCGCCGGGCGAUGACUUUCCCGGGAUGCUGGCCCGGCCUUUGGCUCCAUGCGCGCCGUCGGGGCCCGGCCGGCGGAGCCGCCCGUGCAGAGCAGCCGGACAGCAGCUCUCCGGACACAGCCCGCCGCACCGGGACAGACAAGGAGAGUGUGACAGCGGCCGGGAAACCGUGGAAAAAGUUCGGCCUUGUCAAGGCACCGAAAUACGCCCUGCGAAGAGGCAGCGCUGUGAACCGGGCUCCGAGCGCCCUGCGGUGGCUGCGCUGCCUUCAGCGGCAGCUUGUGCAGCCUGGGAAAGCCCUGUGCUCCUCACACCCGGCCGAGCCCAUCGCUCAAGCCCCCCCCGGCCAGUCGUCGCUUUGGGUUUUUCGGGCUUUGUCCCGUGUGUUCAAAUAUCAGUAA